UCCUGCUCCUCAAGAUAUUUACAUUUACGUCAGUAACCGAGUGAUAGAAGUUCAAUCGAUUGCCAAUGAUUUGUGGUGUAAUAAAUGUAAUUUACCGAUAUCUUUGAAACACAUUGUCGAAGAGGAAAUUUUGGGGUUAGCAAGUAUUUUUUCAUGUGAGAUGCAUUAAAUGUAAUAACAUCCACUUGGUUUAUACAAGUAGUUUUAAAACUAAUGAUAAAAUUCGCAAACAAUUUUGACAUGAAUUUGAGACUAGCUUUUGGAUAUACGUCACUGAUCGGGUACUAUAGUGGUAAAGUAAUUUCUUACAAUACUCGUUCAACAAGAUGCUCAAGAUGUGAACACGGUCAUACAAAAAGUGAUCAUGAUUGUCGAAAAAAUUUUGAUGGCUCUGCACGAGCCAUGGAACCUGAUAUGUCCGUAGAUUUAGUUACAAAUAAUAAACUGUUGAAGGAAGAAAAUGUGAUUAUUUCUGUUUUAAUUGGUGACGAUGACUCUUCAGCAAUAGCUGCAGUUCGUCAAGAAGCAUCACAUGAAGUUGAAAAAUGGUCAGAUACGAAUCACGCCAAAAAGAAUUUAACUUCACGUUUGUAUAAAUUGAGUUUAUCCGCAAAGGUUGUUAAUUAUUUCGGUCAACUUUUUGUCCGUGUUUUAAAUCACCACAAAGGUAAUGUAGAAGAUACUGCUGAAGCUUUAAAAAAUAUUGUUCCUCAUGCAUAUGGGACCCACGAUAAAUGCAAAGAGUGGUUAAAAUGUCACGAAAAAGACAAUAAUUUUAUUUACAAAGAUUUGCCUAAAAAAACAACCUUUAACUGA